AUGGAUAUGGAUCGAACACCUGAGAAAACAACAGCCCAACAGCAUAAUAACACAAGCAGUAGAGUGGAGCCCCCAGGACAGAAGAAGAGAUGGCUGUCCAAGGACAACAUGGACCACAUGGACAACAUCUUGAUGAACCUGACACGAGAGCUGAACUGCAUUGGGCCAGAAAAGACCGUGAGAGAAGGAGAGAGCGAAACGGACAAAGAGGACCAACCCCAGGUCUCAGACAGUGAUAAGGAAAGGCCUAACUGGGAGGACCAACCCCAGGUCUCAGACAGUGAUAAGGAAAGGCCUAACUGGGAGGACCAACCCCAGGUCUCAGACAGUGAUAAGGAAAGGCCUAACUGGGAGGACCAACCCCAGGUCUCAGACAGUGAUAAGGAAAGGCCUAACUGGGAGGACCAACCCCAGGUCUCAGACAGUGAUAAGGAAAGGCCUAACUGGGAGGACCAACCCCAGGUCUCAGACAGUGAUAAGGAAAGGCCUAACUGGGAGGACCAACCCCAGGUCUCAGACAGUGAUAAGGAAAGGCCUAACUGGGAGGACCAACCCCAGGUCUCACACAGUGAUAAGGAAAGGCCUAACUGGGAGGACCAACCCCAGGUCUCAGACAGUGAUAAGGAAAGGCCUAACUGGGAGGACCAACCCCAGGUCUCAGACAGUGAUAAGGAAAGGCCUAACUGGGAGGACCAACCCCAGGUCUCAGACAGUGAUAAGGAAAGGCCUAACUGGGAGGACCAACCCCAGGUCUCAGACAGUGAUAAGGAAAGGCCUAACUGGGAGGACCAACCCCAGGUCUCAGACAGUGAUAAGGAAAGGCCUAACUGGGAGGACCAACCCCAGGUCUCAGACAGUGAUAAGGAAAGGCCUAACUGGGAGGACCAACCCCAGGUCUCAGACAGUGAUAAGGAAAGGCCUAACUGCUCUAUGACAGAGUAUAAUAUAAAUGGGUCGUUUUGUUUCAACUUGUAGUUAAUUUAGGUAUGACAAAGUGUCAGAGGGUGUGUUUUUGGAGGGAGGGUGUAGACCAGAGACUUGUAUUGUACUGUGACUGCCAUGUCUGCCUGUCUGUAAACAUUACCCUACCUGGCCUCAAUUUGUAAAUCAUUCUAACAAAUCCAUUCAAAUGU